GGUGAUGUGACGUACUCGCUACCUGGCUAUCAGCCGAGGAGACUCGAGCUUGGCCUUGUUGGGGAUGCUUGUUAGGUAGCUCACCUUGAUUGCAUCUUUCGGCUCGCAACGUACAAGGCAUCACUCAGCAGGUACUCUUCAUCGACAUCCACGUUGCGCUCCAGAGAUAGAGACGCCAUGGCGAACGGCGACAAGAAGCCAGACGAGGUGGACGGCGUCGCGCGGGAACGCCAGGACGCACGCCCUGAUUUCUCGAUUCCACCGCCGCGCAAGAAGCUCCCCAAGGGACUGCAGGCUACACUAGACUCUGACGAGAAGAUGUGGGAGGUUCUGACCGAUGGACGGGCAGAAGACUCGACCGACACCAACGUCCGGUACGCUGCAUAUGCCAGUCGCGUGAGGACUAUUAUGAUGAGCGCGCAUCGAUACGUUGCCUACACCUCAGACAUCGGAGAGAGCUUCCGCCCCGUCGCCCACCCCUACCUCGUCCGCAGCGCCUACGGUAUCUCAUGGCUAUACAUCGCCGGUGACGUCGCGAACGAAGGCUACAAAGCGUACAUGCGGAAUCAGCGCAUACUGAACCCGGAAACAGCCGCCGAGACUGUCCAUGGAAAGAACAUUGUGAAAAAGGCCAAGAGCCUCAAGGACACCAUGACGGACACUGCCAGGGUGAAGGCCGGCGGCUCGAGUGGCGAGGGAAGCAGCUUGACCGGAGGCGAAGUUGUGCCUGGUAGCAUUCCUGCUAUCGAGGACUGGAGGGCUGUCGCCGCGCAGAGAGCAGUGUUCCAGAGCGUGGCUAGUAUGGGACUGCCCGCCCUUACGAUUCAUAGCAUCGUGCGAUACUCUGGUAGAGCGAUGAAGAAUGUGAAGAACGUCAGGUUAAGGACGUGGGGUCCUAUUGGGCUUGGUAUUGCCGCCGUUCCCGCCCUGCCGUAUAUGUUCGACGAGCCGAUCGAGCAUUUGACGGAGCAGAUCUUCUACCAUGCUUUCAAGCUGGUUGGUGGUCCGAAGGCGGUGGAAGGACGACCUGUUACUGGGCAGAAGGAGCUGCGGAAAGCUGAGAGCGGUGUUGGGGACUCUCCGAGACCAGAGUUGUAAUGCUAACAGGCUUGUGCUGUUGUACUUUUAUCGCUAGCCGAAGCUAAUGUUUGUAUCGGAGCUGUACAUAGUGUUGCUCUCGUCUCGAUAGCCUUGUAAUACCACUCUCGAUCACGUUGUCCAAUACCACGAUAAUGCCAC